GCUCAUUUGCUCAUUUUUUGUUUUCGCCGUGGCCAUGGACUCCAACUCCAAGCUUCCUGUAAUGUGGAAUGCUCUGUUGGUUCUUCUGUUUGCUUCCUGGGUUUGUUCAGUUUCUGCCUCUGUUUCCUAUGACCGUAAGGCUAUCACCAUUAAUGGGCAAAGAAGGAUCCUCAUUUCUGGAUCCAUUCACUACCCAAGAAGCUCACCUGAGAUGUGGCCAGAUCUUGUACAGAAGGCUAAAGAAGGAGGGCUAGAUGUGAUUCAGACUUAUGUUUUUUGGAAUGGCCAUGAGCCUGCACCUGGCAAAUAUUACUUCCAAGGCAACUAUGAUUUGGUCAAAUUUAUUAAGCUGGUUCAGCAGGCAGGCCUCUAUGUUCAUCUGAGGAUUGGUCCUUAUGUCUGUGCUGAGUGGAACUUUGGGGGUUUUCCUGUUUGGCUGAAGUACAUUCCCGGUAUCAAUUUCAGAACAAACAAUGGACCUUUCAAGGCUCAAAUGCAAAGAUUUACAGAAAAGAUUGUGGAUAUGAUGAAAGCUGAAAGGUUGUUUGAGUCUCAAGGAGGUCCUAUAAUUCUAUCUCAGAUUGAAAAUGAAUAUGGACCCAUGGAAUAUGAACUUGGGGCACCCGGUAAAGCUUACACUGAUUGGGCAGCUAAAAUGGCUGUGGGACUAGGCACUGGUGUCCCAUGGGUCAUGUGCAAACAAGAUGAUGCACCCGAUCCUAUUAUUAACACCUGCAAUGGUUUCUACUGUGACUACUUUUCUCCUAACAAGGCCUACAAACCAAAGAUAUGGACUGAAGCCUGGACAGGCUGGUAUACUGAGUUUGGAGGUGCAGUUCCUUACCGACCUGCUGAAGACUUGGCAUUUUCAGUUGCAAGAUUUAUACAAAAAGGAGGAGCAUUCAUUAAUUAUUAUAUGUAUCAUGGAGGAACAAAUUUUGGCCGAACUGCUGGGGGUCCUUUCAUUGCUACUAGCUAUGAUUAUGAUGCUCCUCUUGAUGAAUAUGGACUGUUGAGGCAACCCAAAUGGGGCCAUUUGAAAGAUUUGCAUAGAGCAAUAAAACUCUGUGAACCAGCUUUAGUAAAUGGAGAUCCCACUGUGAUGCGACUUGGAAACUAUCAGGAGGCUCAUGUAUUCAAAUAUCAGUCUGGAGGUUGUGCUGCCUUCCUUGCAAAUUACAACCCAAGAUCUUUUGCAAAAGUUGCCUUUGGGAACAUGCACUACAACCUGCCUCCUUGGUCUAUCAGCAUUCUUCCUGACUGCAAGAAUACUGUGUAUAACACUGCAAGGGUUGGUGCCCAAAUUGCACGGAAGAAAAUGGUUCCUGUUCCCAUGCAUGGAGCGUUCUCUUGGCAGGCAUUCAGUGAAGAGACAGCUUCGGAUGUUGACAGUUCAUUCACAAUGGUCGGAUUGUUGGAGCAGAUAAAUACAACCAAAGAUGCAACUGACUAUUUGUGGUACACAACAGACAUUAAGAUUGACCCCAGUGAAGGAUUCUUGAAGAAUGGAAACUCUCCUGUUCUUACUAUCUUAUCAGCUGGCCAUGCUUUGCAUGUUUUUGUCAAUGGUCAACUAUCAGGAAGUGCCUAUGGAAGUCUUGAAUUCCCCAAACUAACAUUCAGCCAAGGUGUUAAUUUGAGAGCUGGUGUCAACAAAAUUUCACUUUUGAGUAUUGCUGUUGGUCUCCCAAAUGUUGGUCCACAUUUUGAGACAUGGAAUGCUGGUAUUCUUGGCCCGGUUACAUUGAAUGGUCUCAAUGAGGGAAGGAGAGAUCUCUCAUGGCAGAAAUGGUCUUACAAGAUUGGCCUUGAAGGAGAAGCAUUGAAUCUUCAUUCACUAAGUGGUAGUUCCUCAGUGGAGUGGGCACAGGGGUCCUUUGUUGCACGAAGGCAGCCACUGAUGUGGUAUAAAACAACUUUCAAUGCUCCAGCUGGAAAUGCUCCGUUGGCUUUAGAUAUGCACAGUAUGGGGAAAGGUCAGAUUUGGAUAAAUGGACAGAGCAUUGGACGCCACUGGCCUGCAUAUAAAGCAUCUGGCAAUUGUGGUGACUGUAAUUAUGCUGGAACAUAUGAUGAGAAGAAAUGUAGAACUAAUUGUGGAGAGGCCUCUCAAGGAUGGUAUCACAUUCCUCGUUCAUGGCUCAACCCAACAGGGAAUUUGUUGGUUGUGUUUGAGGAAUGGGGUGGUGACCCCAAUGCAAUUUCUCUGGUCCGCAGAGAAACUGACAGUGUUUGUGCUGAUAUCUAUGAGUGGCAACCAACUCUUAUGAAUUACCAGAUGCAAGCCUCUGGUAAAGUCAACAAACCUCUAAGGCCAAAAGUUCAUUUAGAGUGCGAUGCUGGGCAGAAAAUCUCGGCAGUAAAGUUUGCCAGCUUUGGAACGCCAGAAGGGGCCUGUGGAAGCUACUGUGAAGGAAGCUGCCAUGCUCACCACUCUUAUGAUGCUUUUAAUAGGCUUUGUGUUGGGCAGAACUUCUGCUCGGUGACUGUAGCACCUGAAAUGUUUGGAGGAGACCCAUGUCCUAGUGUCAUGAAGAAACUCUCUGUGGAGGUCAUUUGCAGCUGAUGCAACGCAUCAAAAGUACAUGAAAUAAACAGGGGUCUCAAUUCAUUUUCUCUCAAUCAGACAUACCAUUCAGCAUUUUUCUUUUCUGGGUAAACUAAGUCCACACUCCAAGAUCACAACCAUUUGUUUUAGCUUUUCCAGGGUGAAGUUGUACAAAUACACAACACACCCCUUGGUAAAAGCUCAUAUCGAUUGUGAAAUGAUUGCAGAUAAGCUCUAUGUAUAUAUACAAUGUUUGUUCCCUGCGUGAUACAGAGAAUUCGAAGAAUUGAUGAGGUCAGUAGAAGCGCAUUGAGACGAUAGGUGUACUGAAUCCAUGUGCAAAUGUUUUGGUUUUUAGGAUAUGGAAACCCUCUGGUUUCUACCAAAGUUUAUGCCUUGUAAUCUAUUUUAACUUCCUGGGAAGCAAUUCCUUCAUUGCUUUGUUCGUGCAAGAAUAUUUGAGAAUAAAAUUAAGUUUUUCAGAUUGUCUC